AGCGCCAGAAGAAGAAGAACAGAGUUCUCCAAGAGGUCGCUGCAGCUAAAGCGCUUUACUUCCGGGAUACUGUCAGGAUGAGAUUGUAGCAUCGGCGCUGAGUAAAACCAUAUUCCAGGGUGAUGGGGCCAGAUGGUGCCCCAGGUCCAGCUGUGCCAUGGCGUAAGGUGCUGUGGGAACGCCAGCCUUUUCCAGAUAACUACGUAGACCAGCGGUUCUUGGAGGAGUUACGCAGGAACGAGGGCAUCCGGCAGUACCGUUACUGGGCUGUAGUGAAGGAAGCUGGAUUUGUAGGACAGCAGCUGUCUUGUGUGGCCAUUUUUAUCACCCUCUGGCUCUACAUGGAGCAGGGUCUGCUGCUGCCUGAGACGUUGCUGUGGUCCAGCCUCAUCUGUGCCCUACUGGGUUAUGGACUUCAUCAAGCCUUGACAUCUCGCGUUGAAUCAUGUGGUGAACCCCGCACUCAUCUGGCCGAUUUACAGAGUGCAGCCAUUUUCCUUUCCUUCACCUUUGGCUUCUCGCCAGUUCUUAAGACACUAACAGAGUCUGUGAGUACAGACACUGUGUACGCCAUGUCUGCUUUGAUGCUGCUGGCCCAUUUGGUGUCGUUUCCUUACGCCCAGCCAUCGCCUCCUGGAAGCCUCUCUUUAAAUGCAGCUCUGUUUGCCUCGGUGUGCCUAGCCUCUAGGUUACCCGGAGCUCUGCACACUUUCGCCAUGCUAAGCUGCGCCCUGCUGGUGUUUGCUCUGUGGCCCUGCCUGCUGCAGACGCUGAGGGAGAAUGCCCCUGGCCAUUUUACUGGGGUGUGCAUGGGAGUUUGCAUUGGAGGGAUAGUAGGUCUGGGGUCUCAGACGCUGGGUGGAGCUGUGCUCUUAACCCUGGCUUUAGCAAGUGUAACACUGCUCUGUCCUUUCCUGCUUGUCAGGCUGCAGAGGCACAAAGACAACAUUCAUGGACCCUGGGAUGAGGCUGAGAUUCGUGAGGACCUGAGCCGCUUCCUUCACUAAUAAGCAGCCUAGCACAAGCAGCUCCUAAACAAACUGAUAUUAAAAGUGUAACUGAAUUUUAUAUGAACCAAUUCACUGUCAUAGUGCUGGUUUCUUGGUGCUGUGCAUGUAAAAGGACUAAUUUUAACUGUUUUGUUUUUUUUUAUCACUGGUUCAUGUAUGAUUGGAAAGCAAUGACAAACUAUUAUUCUCUUCCAGGUAGUAUGAGGAUGGUUUUUAAUGUUCAAGCUGCUACUGUUUUGUAAUUUACCUCAGUUUGUGCGAAAGGUCUCAACUAAUAAUAUGACUUGUUACAGGAUGUUAAUGGUUUGCAAAUCUCUGUAAGAAAAAAUGAAAUCACAUAUAAAGGGCUGUAAUUCCA